AUCUAGCUCGUAAGAUGAACUACGAUAACUGCGUUAUCGAUAUCAAUCAAUUACUAUAUACUCAGUUGUGCUUGUGUGGUCGCCAGAGGCGGACAGCAAACGGAGUUCAUUUAGAAAUACCUAACAGUGAAUGUAUAAAUGUAUAUAUUAAACAACAUUGUAAAAUAAGCACACAAUUAAUAAACUAUAUUACACUAUAUUACAAUUCAGAUGUGGGGUGAAGCCACAGCCCUCUGUUAAGUUAAUGAAGUAUACCGAAAUUAUAAAGCUAAAUAAAGAAGAACUGUGCGCGUUGUUAACCGAAAGAGGUGUACGCUUAGAUAACGGUGCCUCAAUUUACCAACUGCGCACAGCGGUAAAAACAGUGAUGGAUGAGGAGAGGGAAAGAGCACAAACUGAAUGCAAGACCCAGAAUUUGGUAGAAAUUACCUCUGUACAGCCGCAUGAAAUUAAUAUCGAGUCAAAUCACGUUGAAGGCGAAAUCAAUGCAGACACAAUUAUGAAGAAAUGUGGCGCCAUGGUGGUAUGCGACGACGCUUCGAAAUUUUGCAACGCCGUUCAAACCGUGGAGGCGGCUGAGAAGCGUGAUUUUGAAGAAGACAAAAUGGCGGAGUUGCAGCGUGUUGAAGUAGGAAUGAGUCACCUUUCUGUGGAAUCAAGAGCGUCCAGUGUUGCUGAAAUUUAUCCUAGCCGUAUCGAUAUAAAAGACUUGGAAGCGGUCGUGCAAGCAUUCUCUGGCGAUGAUAAUUUGCCCGUUCGUUUAUGGAUUGUCGAAUUUGAGACUGCUUGUAGCAUGCUUGGAGUGCCAGAUGAACGUUUGUGGAUCUAUGCAAAGCGUUUAUUGAGUGGAUCGGCAAAAGAAUAUUUCCUCCAUCAAGGAGCCAUACCGUGGGGCGAUUUACGUAAGCAGCUUAUGGAUGUAUUUGGGGAGGAGUGCACGCGCUUGGAGAUUGGCGAGCAGUUAAAAAAAUGCAAGCAAGCUAAAGACGAAUCGGCUUUUCAUUAUUUUAUAAGAAUGUGCAGUAUUGCGCGUCAAGCCGAUUUGGAAGAUUGCGACGUCAUCAAACACAUUGUGUGUGGCUUGCGCGAUGGAGUUGGUAUUACGUCAUCGUUGUUCUUUUGUCAGACCCUAAAAGAGCUACGUCAGAAAGUGAUCCAGCUCGACAAAAUCCGGCCGUUGGUGUUAUUGAACGAAGCAGGCUCUACGAAUAAAGCUACAGUACGUGAAGUCCGCUGCUACAACUGCCGUCAGAUGGGUCACAUAUCGACUGAGUGUAAGAAGCCGAAACGUCCAAUCGAUGGAUGUUUCACUUGCGGGGAGAGAGGCCAUCAGCAUCGGGACUGCCCGAAACGCCGUAUGAAAGAUACAGUUGCCGCUACUGCAGAGCUGGUAAAGGAAGAAGACGAUGUGGCAGCCAUACAAUUACCCAGUUAGUUUUAUAUAUAAAUCCGUAGUACCAAAUGAUUUUGUAUUGGAAAAUCCAUUUAUGAAGAAAUAUCAUGGACUGGGAGGAACCCAACUUUCUGUUUGCGGACAAGUGAAAUCCCGUAUUAAAUUUAAUGGAAAAUAUUAUGAAAUUUUACUUUUAGUUAUAGAUAAUGGUAGACUACCAACACAGUUAGUGCUUGGGAGAGAUGCCCUCAGUAUCCUCCAAGUUCGAUUAAUACAAAACAAUGUUAAAGCUGUAAAUCAGAAUGUCAUUAAAUGUGAAUAUAAAUCCUUC